AUGGCAGAAGCAACGACGAAGAGGAGAGGGCGACCUCCGAAAAAGGUUGCCACUACUCUGGCUGAAGACAAUGUUGUUGUUUUGCAGUCGGACGCGGGUUCGACUAGUUCAUCUCUGCAAAAGUCACGGGCACAACCUUCGGCGACUUCGGCCAGGAAAUCAUCGUCAUCGCCAUCAACUCCUUCGUCAACUUCUUCCACAGAAAAGAAAGGGACUGCUGUGGAAAAUGUGUCUGAAGUUAAGACUGCAGCGGCCACGAAGAGGAAAGCUGUGAAAAUUUCCACAACACCAGCAACCGGUGAGGAGGUGGUCAGUACGGAACUACGGGAAAGGAAGCGGGAAGCAGUGGAAUCAAAGUCGAAAUCCGCAAAGUCAUCCAUUGAGGAUUCCAGUGCCAUUUCUUCACCUACGUCGAAAAGGAAGGUCUCAGCUACAGCUAAUGUCAAGGGCCGUCUCCGGAAUCAGAAAGGCUUAAUAUCAACCUCUGAAGAUCCGGGAGCGUCUGUCUCCGAGAUUCUGCAGCAAGUCAGAGCAUUUACCAAGGCUUCGAAUGAGUUAAAUCAAAGCAUUUUCCGGCUCAUCGAGGACCGGCAAGCUGUGUGUGCUUCAAGUCUUGUCCAGCAAGACUUUCGGCCACAGAAGUUGGCAGCGUUAGAGGAAGUUGCCGCAAAGAUCACUGCGGGAGAGACCGUCGCAGAAUCGAUAGUUCAGAGCACACGUCAAUCCAUGAUUACAAACAAGGCUGAAGUGGCUGGACCCGAACCACUCUCUAAGGUCGAAUCGAAAUUGAAACCGAAGUCGAAUUCGACACCCGAUUCAACCUCGACAAUCACAAAGACAAUCGUGAGUUUAGAACCCUCCCCGUCAAUCCCGACGACGUCUCCGGCCAUGCAACACCCAACACCAUCCACAACAUCCACCACAAUCAAUGUACUUCCGAUGGCCGGCUCGAAUCCCCAAUUCCACUCCCAUUCCCAGUCUCCAUCUCAAUCCCAAUCUGCGAGCAAUCCUCCCUCCCCGCUCCCGCACUCCACGACCAUCGCUCUUGCCGCCCGUCGCGCCGCCCAACAACGACCAAGCCAGGGCCGCGGCCACAUCCCCAUGCCGGAAUUCCCACCCUCCAUACCUCAAGUCGGCGCUCAAGCCAGUCGUCAAGCACAGGAAUCCCCGUCGGGGUCGCGGCCGGCGCUGAAACCAACAGAAAUGCCGCUCGAAGAACUCAAGAAAGACCCCAAGUACCGCGCCCUCUCGCGGAACUGGGUCAAGGGAAUGGUCGGGCUGCCCAUCUUGAUUGUGACGAGUUACGUGCUUUGGGAAAGAUAUCAGGAAAAUCAAGCUUCCUUGAGGGCUCGUGAAGCGAGGGCUCGGAGCCAAGCUGCCAGUGUUACUGAUACUUCGAGCUCGGGACAGGAGACCGGUCCCGGCACUUCGAACUGA